AUGUCCAACCAACAGAAUGCUGGUGACAAUGUCAUGACCAAUUCUAUUACCAGUACUACUAGCAGUACUAGCAGUAUUGCUCAGAGACCCUUGAAGCUGUUGGUCUGCAGUGGCAAUUUGGGAAAUGCAGAGCCAGAUGAAAAAUCUUUGGCUGCUUGGAUUCCAGAGGAUGGAAAUUGUGCAGAGGUUCUGGAGAACCAAAAAUACCCAGUAGCCACAAAGCUGGAAGAUAUAACUGUCUUUGAGCAGGAAGAUGAUAAGGAUGACAGCAACAGCAACAGCAACAGCAACAAUAGUCAAGAUGAAAAAGAGGAUUCUGAGCAAAAAGAGCAGCCAGAAAAUAGAGAGGAAGAAGCCAAUUCUAAUACUAAUGAUAAUUCUGAUCAGGACCAGUCAGAAACUCAGCAGCAGCAGGAAAUCCAUAAUCCCUAUGGCAUCAACAAUCCACUCACACCAGCUGACAGAUUUGAUAUCAUUGUGCUGGGCAUGCAAGAAUCCACUUUUGAACCGGAAAACAAGGAAAUGCUCGAAGAAAUCAAAGCUGAAAUUUUGGCCAUGGAACAAGCCGGAGUCGAUCCUUGCUCGGCCGAAGAUUUAGAAGGAGAAGAAGAAGGAGAAGUCGAUGAAAACGGAAAUGUAAUCGAGAAGCAGGAGGAGGGCGAAGAAACUGAUCCAGACGGAGAACAAAACGAUCAGGAAGAGGAUGGGGAGGCGGACGUGGGUGUUGUGACGGAUGACGACGAGGAGGAAGAUCUCGAGCAAGACGACAACGACGAGUUAUCUGAUACGACUGACGAAGAAUUGGAGGCAACCUACCACCAGAACAUUGAAGAAGAAGAUAUCAUACUCCUAGACGAUGCAAAUAGUGUCGGCAGUGGCGGAAGCACGCCCACGUCCUCUCUACGGGCGUCCCUGGUGCCCGGUGCGGUCUCUGCCUACAAGGCUUCCAUAUACGCCGCAAAAACGGCAAAAUCUGGAGCCAAAGCGGGUGGGAGAAUGGCAAAAUCGUCCGCCAAGGUCGGUGCCAAGGUGGCAAAAUCAUCCGCAAAGGCGGGAGCCAAAGUAGCCAAGUCAUCCGCCAUGGCGGGCGCAAAGGUCGCAAAGUCGUCCGCCAAGGCAGGCGCAAAAGUCGCCACCAAGACUGCCAAAGUUGCCACUAAAACGGCAAAAUCGGGAGCCAAGGUCGCGACCAAAACGGCAAAAUCGGGUGCCAAAAUUGCCACCAAAACAGCAAAGUCAGGAGCCAAAAUUGCUACCAAAACGGCCACCAUUGGAGUCGAGGGAGUCCAAACUACUGCUGCCAUCACCGCCAAGGCGGCAGAAAAGGUCGCUCGUACCGGUAUUUCCACCAUUGAUACACUCACCGCAAGCAGAGAUCAUACCAAAGACAAAAAAUUGGCAGAACUCUUCUUGCAGGAUGGAACCGGAAUACUGCACAAAAUGAUUGGAAACAGGCUGUCGUCCUACACGCGAUUAUUGUCCUUUCAACGAGGAGAAAUGAGAUUGCUCGUCUAUUCACUCAACAAACACCAUUCCGCAUCCAUCAAGAGCGUGCGAGCACAAAACACAGGAAUGGCCGGACUGGCCAACAAGGGUGGGAUCGUCGCCGAAGUUGUCGUCGACAAGGGCACCAGGCUGGCAUUCAUGUCCUGUCAUCUCGAAGCGCACGAAGGCAACAACAAACUGGAAGCAAGAGUACAAUCCCUGGCGGACAUAUUGAAGGGGACCAAAAAAUUUGCCGUCCCGUCCAUUUAUCCAGACGCCUCUCUGUCCAAUCACUACUGCUUUGUUUUGGGUGAUCUCAACUUUCGAACACGGUAUAAAGGACAAAUCAAAUACGAAGAACAAGGAGAAGAAGUCUUUGAACUCGCCAAAAAGAAAAAGUGGGUAGAACUCAACGAAGCAGACGAGCUGAGAAUGGUACUGGACAAAGAAGAAUGUUUGUUUGGAUUUCAAACACUGUACUGCAACUUCCCGCCCACCUUCAAAGUACUACGAGAAGAUGGGUUCAAAUACAAACCGCAGCGGACUCCCAGCUACACAGAUAGAAUCCUUUGGAAAUCGGGAGAUCAGCUUGAGACCAAAAUCACACCACUCGGAUACGAACCUGUGGAACAUUACACGACAAGCGAUCACAAACCUGUUCGAGGCGCAUUCGAAAUCGAACUCAAUCAAAAAGUGCAACUUAAGAGCAAGCACGAACUACAACAGAAACAAGAACAAGAAAAACAGAAACAAUCCAAGCUCAAUUUCUUUCAAUGGGGGAAAAGCAAGGAGGAGGACGUCAAAGAAGACGAGAAUCUGCAUAUUUUCGUUUCGGAUAUCAAAUGCGAGAUCUUCCCGCCUGCCAAACCGACUGAUGGCCGCGACUCCAGCAUGACUGUGCCAAUUGCUCAGCUUGCUAGCAUGACUGGGAUGUCGAGCAUAUCAUCACGAGACUUUGGUGCGGGGUCGCUUGAUUCCUACGUGACUCUGGUAUCCAGCCCGCCGGAGCUGCUGCUGAAGAAACCCACGAAAUGGACCCAAUAUGGUACUGCAGUGAAAAAGUUUUUCAGUGUUGGGGAUAAAGCGGUCGACACGGACAACCAAAACAGUUCCACCAGCGGCGAAUGGCCUCGUACCAACGUGGUCAAGAAAACGUACAAUCCAGAUUUCUCUAUGCGGGAAUUGCACUGUGUUUUGAAAACGCAUCAAGAAAACGGGUUUCCUAUCUUCCUCACAGGAGCUCUGUUGCAUAUUUUCGUAUUCAAAUACAAUGGACGACAAACUGAUGAAGUCAUAGGAAGUUACCCAGUCAAUCUCGAAGAGUUGGUUCGAAAAUGCACAGCCGCAGUGAGCAAUGCCAAUAACAAUUUGCAUGCCAACAGUCGGCGACACCAACUGAUGGCCGCAUCCCGGCGUAAUCGAAUGGGGGCGAACAGCACUGCUGGAGAUGACUCCAUGGUCUCCGUCGAGAUCGAUGGACCCCUCUUGAAGAAUGGUAAACAAACGGGCACCAUUCGUUGCAACGUUGCUGCCUGGUGGGUCAAUGAUGCACUCGUGGCUAGUGCCAAUGCUGCCAGAUUGGGCUUGGAGGGAACGGAUGUUAGGGAAGGCGCCGCUGACGACGGUAAGAUUGAGAGUGGUGAUGGGCCCAUGUUUUCGACUCGUCGCAAGAGGCGCGCAAGUGUUGCCUAG